CUGCAGCCGCGUCACUUGGGGUGUGUAGUUCACGGACCCUCCUCCUCCCUCCUGCCGAGUUCUGUGGAACAAGCUCGGCCAGAUAACCCACAAGCAACUCCUAAAGCGGCUCAACUUCACGUUAACUGAAGAUGUUUUUUGCCAAAAAAUUUAUUGGUGGCAUCAUCGAUGUUGUCAGCAACAUCGACCCAGCCCAGUUUGUGCCCUCUGACCCUCCUCCACCACGCAGGCCGGUAGCAUAUGCAGAGCAGCAUGAGAACGAUGAGGAGAAACAGUUCCGCAGAGUCUUCCAGCAACUUGCAGGAGAUGACAUGGAAGUGAGCCCUCCUGAAUUGAUGAACAUCCUUAACAGAAUCAUUGGAAAACAUGGAGACCUGAAGACGGACGGUUUCAGCAUUGAGUCAUGCAGAAGCAUGGUGGCCGUCAUGGAUAGCGACAGCACUGGGAAACUCGGCUUCCACGAAUUUAAACAUCUCUGGAACAAUAUAAAAAAAUGGCAGGGUGUGUACAAGUCCUACGACGCAGAUCGCUCCGGUCUCAUUGGUGCGGAUGAACUGCCUAACGCCUUCAGAGCUGCAGGCUUCCCUCUCAAUGAUGACCUCUACCGGAUGAUCAUUCGUAGAUACAGUGAUGAAAGUGGAAACAUGGAUUUUGACAACUACAUCGGGUGCCUUGUGAGGCUGGAUGCUAUGUGCCGUGCCUUCAAAACCCUGGAUAAGGACAACAAUGGGACCAUCAAAGUCAAUGUUCAGGAGUGGCUUCAGUUGACCAUGUACUCUUGAGUCCAGGUGAUCACUCUCCUGCUUGCUUAAUGGAGCCACUUUGUUUAUCUACACAGUACAAAAUAUUUUAUCUAUAAUCCCCACAACUUUCUGUUACUCAGCAAGUCCCUCGUGCAUGCAGGUUUAUUUUAGAUUCUUCGCUGUUCCAUCAGAUUUGAAGCGGCGUUAACAAGGGAAAGAACAAACCUGCAUGCAGGAUGGUCCCCAUAGCUGAGGAUCAAAGACAAAUGCUACUGAGCGACAAAAACUUGUCAUGUUGAAUUGGUAUAAUUUGGUCUGCUUGUGUGGUAUUUGCUUUUGAUGCAAGCAUUUGUGAAACCCCAUAUGUGAAAGCAGGAUGCAGCUACAGCUGAUCCCACAAAGACAAUAUGUUGUUAGUAUGUGUGUUGUGUUGGCAUAGGUCAAUUUUUUUUAACAGUUUCCAAUCAAACAUUCUGCAUUAGUUUAACAAAAAUGACUCUUUUGACACCUUAACCCGAGUUUGCGUCGGAACAAUCGCGUCAGUUCAUCUGCUGACAAAGAUCUGACUAUUCACCUCACUCGCAUCUGUUGCCACCAGAUUCACCCUGAUUAGAUUCCUCUCCAAACUGUUUUUUUAUUGACUGCUUGAUAACAUCUCCAUGUCUCUGGCGGUUGGUGUGUUACUGUGGGGUUGUUGGGCUGGGAUGCUGCAUUUCUUCAGCAACCGUAACAUUACUUGGAAUUUUGUGACAAUGUAAAUUCCUAAAAAACGUUCCACCUAGUUUUAGCCUGAGUGUUUUGAUGACUAACCAGCCAUCAGAGAUACAGAUAUUCAAGACCGUUAAUUUACCCAUAUUAUUAAUCAAAUGAACAUGCAAGGUUGGAGGUAGGGUAGACUGUGUAGGACAGUGACCAUUCCCAUUAAGCCUUAAGCUUCAUAGGAGUGUGAUAGAAGAGAUGUGGUCCAAGUCCAAAAGGUGCAACAGGACAAACAGGUCAUCAGUUUACAGCCAUCUAGCACAGAGAAGAGAUCCAUUGAAACUGUCAAGUUAGUGGAUCUCGGAUCAUGUCUGGGUAGAAUCUUCACAUAGUUAUUAGCAAGACAACCCUGGAAAGUGAUACUUACUGUAUAUCUGACAUCUUAUGCUGUUUUGUUUUUAAAAACCAGCCUCACAUCCUGUGAAUGAAGAUGUGUCCUCAAUAAAACCGCUCACCACCACCAGAUUUAUGAAUAAUGGUUCAGCUGAAACACAGAAAAUUGUACUUCAAUGUUCUGUAAUAAUAAUAAUAAUAAUAAUAAAAAAAAAAUACUUUUGUUUUAGAGUUGCACUGCAGUAGUUCUUACUGUCAUGAAGGCAUGCUGUUUACAGCCACUAGAGGGCUGAAUAAUGUGUAGAUCUUCUAGUCCCAGACCUUGUUUAAAGUGACCUAAUAUGAAUGACUGUUUGUCAGUGUACAGUAUAUAUUCAGUACAUCCAGCUCUACCCCCUCUGCAGUAGCGACAUCCUAAGAGAUGGGGCUUAAUGUGGGCAGGCUGUAUUGUGCGAUUGCUCAGUGCUGUUGUGCAACUCCGGCACAGAAUCCCGUUUCUUCUUCUUAUCCCUUUACGUGUCACUGUGUCUUUAUUCAAAAUGCUUGCAGCAGAAAACGCCAGCACAGUGUGUGAAUUGAUUUUAUGUAACAGAUGUUUAUGCCACUAAUGCAUGUCGCUGAUUGUGAAGAUGCCAUUAUUCAGAGUUUUUAACCACGUGCAUAUAGCCACACUCAUUAUUCUGUUAAUGAAAGUGCUUGUUAAAAUAAAUACCUGUGCCAUAUUUGGAAUAAAAAUGGUAUAUCAUA